AUGAAUUAUAUUACUGCACUCUCUCAAAAUUCGCCGACCGCAAUAUCCGAUGCUCUCUCUCAAGAAGCUCAUUCUCGUGCUUUAUUUGCUUCUGAUCCUGAUCAUAUUUCAUUGAAAAAUCCAUACUUGAAUUUAAUUAAUGUUUAUCAACAUGAAUCAAUUUGGAAGUCAAAUAGCUCCAAGAAUGCUUCAGAUGAUUGCACGAUCAUCAUGCCAUUGGAAGAAAAACGUCGACGAAAAGAUGGUGAUUUGGCUAUUGAACCCGGUGGAAACGAACGAUUUUUGAGGAAUUGGCAUUUUUUUACUGAAGGCACUCUCAAUGGACUUGAUUGGCCGAAUGUUUUUGCCGCAG